AUUACUAACACAAGCAUAUCGAUACGAUAGAUGCAUGGUGGGGAUAGUGUUCCCUUUUUGCAUUUGUAGUUCAUAUUUUGCCCAUACUCAUCGCUGAAGUCAUACACGCUUUGAACAAAAGAUAGUGAACAACCUAAACAUUAUUUCCGUUCGUUCUGUUACACAACCAAACGAUGUUUUAUUUAUAAAUUCAUAUUCACGUUUGCAAUAUGUUCUAUUGGGUUCAAUGUUAAUGAUAAAAGUUUUCUUUUGAUAAUAUUCUUUCAUAAAAUGGCACAAUCCGAUUUAAUUGUAAAUCAAAAUUUUCUAAAUAAAAAUAUUGAAACGAUAAGGAUGAUCGAAAAUGAUAUGGAUAAAUUAAUCUUUCCUAAUGAAAGGAAAGAUAAUUUUCAAUGUACUUAUUUUCGACGUCGUACAUCCAAAACAUCGGAUAAAAGAAAAUGUAGUAACGGUAAUCAAACACUGUCUGAUGAUUCUAACGAUAGGACAGACAAUGAAAGCGAAUCAGAAAGUGUUGUGAAUGUUUUAAAAUGGUUACAAUCUUUACCACGAAAUUUUACGAAAUGCGAUUUAAAAAAUAAUACGAGUUUGUAUAAGUUACAAGAAACUGAUCAAAAUUUAUAUCGAUUUUAUACAAGACAAGAAAAUAGCAAAUCUCUUGGAUCAUUUUUGAAACGAAAAUCGAUCGAUAAAAUACCACUCAAAGGAAAAAAUAGCAUCCUAUUGGAACACAAGAAGAAAGUUGGAUUUGUUGAAUUUAACGAGACUCAACAUGAAUUAGGAAGAACACAAAUGAAAUCUUUUCAAAGAAAAAUCUUAACGAAUGAUAAGAAAUCUUCUGUUAAUUCGUUCGUUUUAAAAUUAUCUAAGACAUCUGGCAAAUCUGAUUCACAUUCAAUGAAAACGAAAAGUCGUCAAAAUCCAAUUUCAGUAAAAAAUAAUCAAUGCCAAAGGACUGUAGGAAUAUUUCGAAAAAAUAUUUCGGAAAAUAAAUUGAAGAGUAAAUUGUCAGGUGCGCAAAGAAGAAAGAUCCAAAAGAAGAUUGCGGAUAACAAACGUUUGAUAUACGUAUUAAACGAAAUAAUAAAGACAGUAGACAAAAAUGAUCUCUCUGAUAGAAAGAAAAAUAAUUGUAUUCGUAAAAAUUAUAAUAAAAAGAAGAACGACGGAGGAUGUAUUUCGAUUUUAAACAAUAAUAAGUCCGGAGAAAGUCGAACUAAAAAACCUAUUUUUAAAAAUCCUGUAAUAGAGAAAACAUUGGACGAUACUAUGAGAAAUACUUUGAAAAGAUACAUCUAUUCAAAUGGUUGGAAUCAUUUCAAAGAAAAUAAUAUUGAAAUAGAUGGCGAAUCACCUUUUAAAAAGAAGAAAUGCAUGAUGCAUUCUUUAACAUCCGCAGAUUCUUUAACUCCUUACAUGCUGAUUUAAGAUAGAAAA